GUUGGAUGUGAAUAUAAGUAACAAUCCUUAACAGCAGCUCCUCAUCUGCGUCUGAUUAUAAGUGUGAACAGUAGCAACAAUGAAACACAUUUCAGCACUGGUUUUGUUCCUUCUCCUGGGGAUGUCCUCAGCACGCAGCUAUCAAAAUGUGGCCCUGCGUGGCAAAGCAACCCAGUCAACCUAUAUGAGUGCGGUAUUUUCGGCUGCCUACGCUGCAAUUGAUGGAAACCGUGAUUCUGACCUUCGCCACGGAUCAUGCUCACACACCGAUCAACAGACCGACCCCUGGUGGAGAGUGGACUUGCUCGAGUCCUACAUUAUCACUUCCCUCACCAUCACUAACAGAGGAGACUGCUGUCAUGAAAAGCUCAACGGGCUGGAGAUCUACAUAGGCAACUCUUUGAAUAACGAUGGCUUAAUAAACCCAAAGGUUGGACAAAUUUCUGAAGUUGGUGCAGGCAAAUCCUACACUGUGAAUUUCGCUGGUCGUGUGGAGGGGCGUUAUGUAACCUUGACUCUUCCUGGUUCAGAAAGGGUCCUCGCACUCUGUGAAGUGGAAGUCUACGGAUAUCACGCUCCAACUGGUGAGAAUGUGAACUACUACAUGAGCUGCACAAACACACACAGAAACAACAUCAGUAGUAGCGCUUCUCUUUGCCUGAAUCAUCAAUUUCCAGGAAGAAGCAUCUGCUCAGUCUGGAUACUCAAAAUGAUGAAACUGAAUGCUUUCCUUCUGCUACUCCUCCUAGGAAUAAGCUCGGUUUCCACUUAUCAAAAUGUGGCCCUGCGUGGUAAAGCAACUCAAUCAACCCGUUUAACUGAUAACCCCGUGUCAGCUGCCCACAACGCGAUUGAUGGAAAUCGUAAUUCUGAAUUUUCGGAUGGGUCUUGCACACACACUAACGACCAGACGAACCCCUGGUGGAGAGUGGACCUGCUUCAGUCCUACAUAAUCACGUCUGUCACCAUCUUCAACAGAGGAGACUGCUGUCAGCACAGACUCAGUGGGCUGGAGAUCCACAUAGGCAACUCUUUGAACAAUGAAGGCUUAGAAAACCCAAAGGUUGGUACAAUUUCUGAAGGUCGCACAGGUGAAUCCAAAUUGACUUUCACCAAUCGGGUGGAGGGACGUUACAUAACAUUGACUCUGCCUGGUUCAAGCAGGAUCCUCACACUCUGCGAAGUCGAAGUCUAUGGAUACCCUGCUCCAACCGGUGAGAAUCUUGCACUCCAAGGAAAAGCCACACAGUCGUCAAGAUAUUCAUUUGGCAUUGCAUAUAAUGCCAUAGAUGGAAAUCGUAACAGCAAAUGGGAAGAGGCCUCCUGCACUCUCACAAAAAAAUCAAUGAGUCCAUGGUGGCGACUUGAUCUGCUCAAAACACAUAAAGUGUUUUCUGUUAGUAUCGUAAAUCAAGAUUCUCACCCAGAACGACUCAAUGGAGCCGAAAUCCGCAUUGGAGAAUCUCUUGAAAACGAUGGCAACAACAAUCCCAGGUGUGCCGUGAUCACAGGUAUUGCAGGAGGUGCUGUUGCUGAUUUCAAGUGCAAUGGGACAGAGGGCCGUUACAUUAAUAUCGUCAUUCCAAAGAGAAAUGAGUUCCUAAGUCUGUGUGAGGUCGAAGUGUAUGGCUCGAGCACAGAAAAUCUGGCUACGCGUGGUAAAGCAACUCAGUCAACCUGUUACCCGCAUGCUAGGGCAUCUGCCCUCAAUGCGAUCGAUGGAAACCGUAAUUCUGACUUUAUGGCGGGGUCGUGCACACACACUAAUGAACAGACCAAUCCCUGGUGGAAAGUGGACCUGCUUCAGUCCUACGUCAUCACUUCCAUCACCGUCACUAACAGAGGAGACUGCUGUCAUGAAAGGCUCAACGGGCUGGAGAUCCACAUUGGCAACUCUUUGGUCAAUGACGGUUUAGAUAACCCAAUGGUUGGUAGAAUUUCUCGAAUUCGUUUGGGCAAAUCCUUCGAUCUGACUUUUACCAAUCGUGUGGAGGGACAGUAUGUAACUUUGACUGUGCUCGGUUUACGAAGGAUCCUCACACUCUGCGAAGUGGAAGUCUAUGGAUACCCUGCUCCAACUGAGGAGAAUCUUGCACUCCAAGGAAAAGCCACACAAUCCUCACUGUAUGCAUUUGGCAAUGCAUUUAAUGCCAUAGAUGGAAAUCGUAACAGCAAAUGGGAAGAUGCCUCCUGCACUCUCACACAGAAAUCAAUGAGCCCCUGGUGGCGACUUGAUCUGCUCAAAACACGUAAAGUGUUUUCUAUUAAUAUAGUAAAUCAAGAUUCUCUUCCAGAACGACUCAAUGGAGCCGAGAUCCGCAUUGGCAAUUCCCUUCACAACAACGGGAACAACAACUCCAGGUGUGCUGUGAUCACAAGCAUCGCUGGAGAUGUUGUUGCUAAGUUCACAUGCAAUGGAACGGAAGGCCGCUAUGUUAAUAUUGUCAUUCCCGACAGAGAAGAGUUCCUGAGUCUGUGUGAGGUCGAAGUGUACGGCUCUAGCACAGAAAAUGUGGCCUUGCGUGGUACAGCAGCCCAGUCGAUCUCUGAGGACCACGUCCUCUCAGCUGCCCACAAUGCGAUUGAUGGAAACCGUAACUCUGACUUGAGCGCGGGAUCGUGCACACUCACUAGUGCACAGAACCGUCCCUGGUGGAGAGUGGACCUGCUUCAGUCCUACAUCAUCACUUCUGUCAACAUCACCAACAGAGGAGACUGCUGUCAUGAAAGGCUCAACGGGCUAAAGAUCCACAUAGGCAACUCUUUGAACAACGAAGGUUUAGGAAACCCAAAGUUAGUACAAACACAUGCAGAUGUUGACAGUUAUUUUUAUCAGUUUAUUCCUUUUGCAGGAGACAAUCUUGCACUUGAAGGAAAAGCCACACAGUCAUCCUUGUAUGGAUUUGGAUUUGCAUACAAUGCCAUCGAUGGAAAUCGUAACAGCAAGUGGGAAGAGGGCUCCUGCACUCACACAAACAACAACAUCAGCCCUUGGUGGCGACUUAAUUUGCGCAAAACCCAUAAAGUGUUUUCUGUUAAAAUUGUCAACAUUGACUCCAACCCCGAACGGCUCAACGGAGCUGAGAUUCGCAUUGGAGAUUCCCUUGACAACAAUGGCAACAACAACCCCAGUUUUGCAGGAGAGAACCUUGCACUCCAAGGAAAAGCCACGCAGUCAUCAGUGGAGACCUUAGGGCUUGCAUAUAACGCCAUAGAUGGAAAUCGUAACAGCAACCCAGAAAAAGGAUCCUGCACUCAGACAAGCUAUGACAACAUCCCCUGGUGGCGACUUGACCUGCGCAAAACACACAAAGUGUUUUCUGUUAAGAUAGUCAACUCUGAUUCUGACCCAGAACGACUCAACGGGGCUGAGAUUCGCAUUGGAGACUCUCUUGACAACAAUGGCAACAGCAAUCCCAGGUGUGCUGUGAUCACAAGCAUCCCUGCAGGCGGCAUUCAAGAGUUCCAAUGCAACGGGAUGGAUGGCCGCUACGUUAACGUUGUCAUCCCAGGAAGAGAAGAAUAUCUGAGUCUGUGCGAAGUGGAGGUUUAUGGUUCUGUCCUGGAUUAGGUGCAAAAAUUAUUUCACUUACAGAAUUUUAACAAAUCAAAAGAAAUCCAUCACCCGAUGACAACUGGGAUAGGCCAUCAUAGGCAGGGGACACAGCGCCAAUUUAUCAGAAUAGAAUCAGAAGGCUAAUAAAGAGAGACCUGUAUUCCAAUCUGAGCAUCACACACUGACUUUGUGUAAACAACAGCUAAAGAACAGUUAGCUAAAGGCAGUUACUCACGAGACAUUCAGCCUCACCAUUACAACCAAACAGGUGUUGUGAGCAGGUCAGUGGGCGAGUUUCUCCCAACGCUGUCAGGACAUAUUUGAUGAGACUCUUGAAUGUCUACAAAGGCAGUGCAGAGUGCAAAGAAAGCAUGACGAAUACAGCCAACAAAAAAUAAAUGGAAAAUACACCAGAUUCAAAUAAAUCAAUAAACAAUCUUUUAAAAAAUUCAAA